AUGGGCUGGUUCCCAGUCGGACUCGAAGAGGGUGAGAACAAAUGGAAGUUCGACAUCAUCCCUCUGCUGGCUGUCAUUGGCAGCUCAGCAAUCCAAAAACACAUGCAGGCCAUUACGGCCUCUCCCUUCGCCAUCUUUCCCCGGUUGAUGCCCGCCCCUGAAUCGCUUCUCGACACAGAGCGACCGACAUGA